AUGAAAAAGAACGCAGACAGCAAGUUUCAGCUGUACGAGUGCCAGGCCCCGAGUGACAAGUUCAACACCAGCUCGGACAAGGCCUACUUUGGACAGCUGCGGAGCAUGGAUGUGACCGACUUCUGCCUGACAUCUGGCAAUGCCCUGGUUCCGGAUGGCGGCCAGAGCGAUGACCCUGCCAUGCCCAAGUUCAAGUAUGACCCUGACGAGCACGGCGAGCUAACGCUGCGCCCUUGCUCUGCUGUUGAUGACUUUGUUAUGCGCUUGCAGUGGUUCUCGCUGAAGAAGAGCUCCUCCAUGUUUAAGCCUGUCUUGCUAGGUAUUCUUUCGGUGGUAUUUGCUUCUAGCACUUUGGCUGCGAAUGCAACGAACAUCGACUGCCAGCCGGUUGGAACCUCCAAUGGUCUCUUUGCCGACGGCAAUCACAAUUUGACACGCUUUGGGUUCUCACAGCACGAAAAGACGGGCGAAUUCCCCAACCUCAUCGCACUGAAUUCCACGAAGCAAACAUUCCAAUUCUACGAAUGCAAAUUCCCCAACGCACCCACUUCCCAAGGCGAAAAGUAUGGCCAAGUUCGCAGCACGGCCAAAAAGAACCACUGUGUGACUGCAGGAGAUGCAGUGACUCUCCAGCCCUGUGAGAGUACACUGAACGAAAACUUCCGAAAGCAAGGGUUCUUUUGGCAGGUUUGGAACCCGAACUGUGCUGACUUGCACCCCAUUGCACAUGAAGCGGGCUCCUAUGCCGAAAACACGCUUACAGGCAACAAGCACUCAAGCCAAUUUUCGUACCAGUACAAGAACUACCUCUCCCCCAAAGCAUACAUCGGCACGAAGCAUUGCUGA